AUGGCUGCUAUUCAGGUCCUCACAACGUCGGGUGCUCCUGUCAGCCACCAGCGCAACGAGCUGGAGUCGAGCAGUUCACUACAGGUUCAUCAUCAGGUCACAGUACCCUUGAAGAUAACAUGUAUAUUUAGCUGGACUGUGGAAGUCAACUUUGUGGGCAGAUCACCACCACCACUACGACGACCAACAAAAAUCAAACUUAAAUUUCAUGUUACUAAAACACAGAAAACAGAUUUACGAAGUAGCAGGUUUAGUAGCCUGGAGAAAGAUUCUUCCACUGGCCUUGAAGAAGCAAGCUGCCAUGUGGUGAGAGGUGUAGAAGGAGCAUCAAAGCUUAAUACCACAGAUAUGAAAGAGGAAAUGCACGAAGCUGGUAGCUGGAUGGAGCUGUCCAUUCAGAGUGGAGCCAACCUGCGGAGCCAGCCCAAGGCCGAUGCAGACAGUACAAUAAAAGCAUGUAUUGAAAAUGGAACUAGCUGCAUUGACAUCUCUGGAGAACCUCAGUUUCUUGAACUAAUGUAUUGGAAGUAUCAUCAGAAAGCUGCAGAAAAAGGGGUUUAUAUCAUUGGAAGCAGCAGCUUUGACUCCAUUCCAGCAGAUAUGGGAGUAAUAUAUACCAGCAAUAAAAUUAAUGGUACUUUGACUGCGGUGGAAAGUUUCCUGACUAUAAAUUCAGGACCUGAGGGGUUGUGCAUUCAUGAUGGUACCUGGAAGUCAGCAGUUUAUGGUUUUGGAAAUCAGAAUCAAUUGAAAAAACUACGAAAUCAGUCAAAUCUGAAACCUGUCCCAAUUGUUGGUGCAAAAUUAAAAAGAAGGUGGCCAGUCUCCUACUGCAGAGAACUCAGCAGUUACUCCAUUCCUUUCCUGGGAGCGGAUGUGUCUGUUGUGAAGCGAACUCAGCGUUACUUGCAUGAAAAUUUAGAUCAAUCACCUGUCCAGUAUGCUGCUUACGUCACUGUGGGAGGCAUCACCUCUGUUAUUAAGCUGAUGUUUGCAGGACUUUUCUUUUUAUUGUUUGUGAAGUUUGGCAUUGGAAGGCAGCUUCUCAUAAGAUUUCCAUGGCUCUUCUCCUUUGGUUAUUUUUCAAAACAAGGUCCAACACAAAAACAGAUUGAUGCUGCCUCAUUUACAAUGACAUUUUUUGGUCAAGGAUACAGCCAUACCUGUCCUAUUGAGAAUAACAAGCCCAAUAUCAGAGUUUGUACUCAGGUGAAAGGACCAGAGGCUGGCUAUAUAGCUACCCCCAUAGCCAUGGUCCAGGCAGCCAUGACCCUUCUAAAUGAUGUCUCUAAUCUUCCUAGCGUGGGCGGCGUCUUCACACCUGGAGCCGCUUUCGCCAAAACAAAAUUGAUUGACAGACUCAACAAACGAGGCCUGGAAUUUAGUGUCAUUAGCAGCUCGGAAGUCUAAACAAUUGAAGAUUUUUCUGAAGUCAUAAAGCGCAUGAAUUAACAGCUUUUUUAUUUGAAAUUCUUCUGUGAGCCUGUCUGGCUCUAUGUGGAAAAGAUUACCAAAUCUAAAAUAUGUACACAUUAAAAGCAGGAAUUAUACUAGCUUGCCCUAAAUUUCAAAUCUUACCUGAUUUUGUGAUUUUAUUGCUUGUGAGAGAGAACUAAUAUUUGACUGACUUUUUCAUUGAAGAAUUCGUGGUCAAUUUUUAUAAGUGAGCUGGCAGAUCAGAGGGUGGGAAUGUCUUAUCUGUGUUGCUAACAGAUCCCUUAAGGAGGCACCCAGGCUGGUCGAGGCCUCACUGCUGAUUUCCUUGCCAUGACAUUGAGUGGAUCUUACUUUCUAGUGAGUUUCUCUACCCAUGUGUGGCCCUUUGCCAAGUGAAACUGUACUUUGUUACUUUAGCGUAGUUUUCACCCGUCUACACAGAUUGAUUUUGGACUUACCCAAGUUGCAUAAUAAAGGAUUGUCAAUUGAAAAAAAAAAAAAAAA